AUGACGACGUUCGCGACGCGGCGGAUCUCGCAGGAGACCUUCGAUGCGGUCGUGCGCGAGAACGUGGAGGACUUCGACAUGGACGCGGCCGAGGCCGUGCGCGAGGCGCGCGAGCAGUUCGAGCACCAGGGCGUCGACCUCACGGGGGUCGACGUGAGCGGCUCCGAGGAGCGCAAGGCCGAGCGCGCGGCGCUCCUCGCGGACGUGGCGCUGGUCAAAAAGGCGGCGGCGGGCGGCGUCGCGCGGCCCGACUUGCUCGAGGCGCUGGCGCGCGCGGCGACGCUCUGCGCCGCGGGCCGCGGCCGCGCGGCCGCGUCGGCGCGGUCGACGGUCGUCGCGGCGCAGGGGCUCUCGGCGCUCGCGCGCCUGGCGCGGUCCUGCGUCGACGAGGCGACCGACGCGGUCGGCGACGCCGGCGUGCUCGCGGCGACGCUCGCGGCGCUGGACCGCGCGGUUCGGGGCGACGCCGACGCGCGGGACGCGUUCCAAUACGGCGGCUGCGUCGAAGCGACGGUCGCGGCGCUCAAGGCCGGCGUAAAAACCGACGCGGCCGCGGCCGCGGCGGCGCUCCGCGUCGCGGCCGCGGCGGCGCGGCAGUGCGAAGCCGUCAAGGCCGCGUUCAUGCGCCUGAAGCUCGCGCGGCUGGCCGUGGAGGCGCUCGUGACCGCCGCCGCGGCGCGCGACGAGGCGGGCGCGGGCGCCGCGGCGCAGGCGCUCGCGGCGCUCUGCGCCGCGGACGACGUGCGGUCCGCCACGUCGUGCACCUACGACGCGAGCCGCCUCGCGCUCGACGCCGGCGCCGUCCACGCGCUCCUCGCCGCGCUCGAGGCGUUCGCGGACGCCGAGGGCGGCGAGGACGCGGCGACGGCGGCGCUGGACGCGCUGCGCCAGGUCGCCAAGUCCGACGACGCCGUCAAACGCAUCCGCGAGGCCGGCGGCGCGCGGGCGUGCCUCGACGCGCUCCGGCGGAACCGCACGCGCCGCGACCGGUGCCGCCGCCUGGUCGGCCUGCUCCGAAACAUGGCGAACAACGACGACGCCAAGGACGCCAUGUGCAAGGACGGCACGCUCGAGGAGAUUCUGGGGUGCCUCGAACGAUUCCUGAGGGACGACGCCGUCAUCUGCGAGCACGUCGUCGCGACGCUGGCGAUGAUGGCCCUCCGGCGCCCCAAGAACGGCACGCUGAUCGUCGAGGGGCGCAACGGCGCCUCCCUCGUGAUUCACGCCAUGGGCGCCCACCCGGCCCACGCGGCCCUCCAGCGCCAGGGCGCGCUCGCGCUCCGGAACUUCGUCGCGCGCUCGCCCGAGUUCAAACAGCCCAUCCUCGACGCGGGCGCCGAGACCGCGCUCCGCGCCGCGGCCACCUGCGCCCAGGCGAACGUCGACGUCGCCUACGCGGCCCUCCGCGACCUCGGCGUCGACGCCAAGAUCGCGACGUUCGAGACCGACGCGUCGGGCGCGGUCGUGCAGAGCGCGGGGCCCGCGCGAUUCGGAGACAAGGCCAACGCGAACUUCAAGGCCGUCUUCGACGAGUCCGCCGACGUGGAACGGCGUAUUCACGACGUGGACGCCCUCACGGACCAGCAGACCAAGCUCGAGGAGUUCUCCCUCAUGUGA